AUUAACUCCUAGCAGUACAAUUUUGAUACAUGCACGUUUGCCAAUUUGGCGCAAUGACUUCAUUUGUGACUGAAAUUUUGGUCACAGCAGGCCAAAUGGAAAAAGAAGAAAUCCGUAGUCAGCUUGAAGCUCUUGCUAAAAGAAUUGACCAGACAAAGAUGGACAUCUAUGAGUUGACUGCUAACAAAUAUGUAGAUUUUUGCCCAACAUACGAUAUGACCAGAGACCUUACCUUCAGAUCAAAGACGGUUUCCAGUGAAAUAGAGGCUGUUAAAGAGAGAAUUGAAACUGAGAUUCGUGGACAACUGAAUGUGUCGACUGGAGAGUUUCAGUUUCUUAAACAAAGCCUUCAGGAACUCACCAGCGUGUUGGCAGUCCUGAAAGCUUUCGUCAAACUUCAAGACUGCUUUGACGAAGCCUCCUCGGCAAUAGAGAAUAAACAAUAUUCCAAGGCUGCUGCAGCUCUGCUUUCCAUGAAGGAUCUGCUGUCACAACCCUUGCAUGCGAAAGAGCAUGAAAUAAAAAUCAUCUCAGCCCUGCGUACAGAGUGCAUGGUUCAGCAACAGAGUCUGAUAGCUCUGUUGUCCGAUCUGUGGAAAGAGGACAUCGUCUGGGCUGUGUCUGAUGUUUCUCCGGCAGAUCUCAAGUGGUCCGAGUUGAAACUGUUGACUUGUGGGGAUAAUGCAACCAUACUGCAAGAAGCUGUUGCUGCCAUGAACAUCUUGGGUGUACUGGAUCCUAAGAUCAAGGCAUUCAGUGAAAAGGUCUUGAAGUAUCUGAUAACACCGGCACUUCAGAAAGAUUGUGAGCUGAAAGUGAAGUCUUCCAAGCAAGCCAGUACUCUGCACGUUGCUCUCAAAGGCAGUGAGCACCAUUCAGCUGAUCACGAAACAGCAUUUAAAAACAUAAACAGUGUCCUGGAGUUCCUGUCAUCCAGUUUCAUGUAUAUGUCAACAGAUAAUGACAAGAAAUCGUCAGUCACCCUUUUUGAGAUGCUGGGUAGGGAGAUAUCAGCUACAGUUGUUGAUAUGGUCGUAAAGAAUUGUCUUUCCAUGGCUAUACCAAGCAACAGCAAAGAUCUUGACCAGUUUGAUAGUGUGGUUUGUAAAACCGAAGGAUUCCAGAAGCUUUUGCUUGAUUGCAAUUUUCUUCAGAAGGAUAACACAGCGUUAAUUAGCUACGUACAGAAUGUUAAUGUCCUUUUUGCCAACAAAAAAUGUCAGGAUAUAAUAGAGCAGGCACGGGCAUUGAUGACGUCAGAAAUUCAUGAUACUAUAGCACUUGGAGAGGGAAAACAACAUGGUGAAUUGCCGCAGUUAGACUCUGGUCCAAAAAGUAAGAAAACUGCUUUAGAGAUGUGCUGUGAAAUGGAACUGAGUGAGGAAACAUUCAAGUUACCUAGAUGCCGAAUAAGUUUGACCAUUAAUAAAGUGAUGGAACUGGCAUACGAAACACUGCAUGAGGCUACUGGCAGUUCAGUACAAUGUGCUAUACAGUUGUUCUAUGCUGUGCGAAACAUGUUUGAGAUUUUCUGCAGUGUAUUUCCAAUCUACCACAAACAUAAUUUGGAGACCCUUCCACAGCUUGCAGCACUCCAUCACAACAACUGCAUGUUCAUAGCCCACCACUUGAUGACACUGGGGCAUCAGUUCAAGAGUAAGCUGCCUCCAGCGCUUAACACAACCUUUCUUGACAUGGUUCCGAAAAUACGAAGAAUAGGCACAGAGAGUUUCAUUCACCAGAUGAACCUUCAGAAGGAACAGCUCUUAGAAUAUCUUCAUGGUGCUGAUGGUUUCGCAAAUGUUGCUGACAAUGAACGUCUGUUUGCGGUGGAGAGGGCCAUCAAGCAGGUUUUACAUCUGCUGAAUCACCUGCAGAACGUGUGGCAAGAUGUGCUACCCAUCAGUGUCUACAGAAAGGCCAUUGGUAUGCUGGUGAAUGUUUUUGUUGAAGAAAUCACAGAAAGCAUCAUAGCCCUGGAAGACAUUUCAUCUGAUGAUGCCAGACAGCUCUCACUUAUUCUCUCUGGUGUGGUAGGAAAAGUCGGACCGAUGUUUGAUACCACUGACGAAAAAGCCAGCAAUGCUGAUGUUGAACUCCAAAGGAAUGUACCAAACUGGAGAAAGUUUAAGGAACUGCAAUUGGUUAUAAAUGGCAGUUUGCAUGAAAUUGUUGAUAGAUGGGCUGAGAAGAAGGGUCCACUAGCAGAUGUGUUUUCUGCCAAUGAACUGAAACAACUGAUCAGGGCUCUGUUCCAAAACACUGACAGAAGAGCAGCAGUACUUGCCAAGAUCCGAUAAGUUAAUGUCUAAUGACACUGAAUGUAUAAAAUAACUAUGCAUAUUAUCACAGAUUAAACUCAUUUGUUACAAGAAAAACAUCUGAAAUAAAUAUAUUAUUACGUU